AUGUCUGGUCCAUCCGUCCCCGCCAGCGCGGGCAGGCUCAUAGACUUUAGCCUUUUCGGCGGGGCAGAGUCCCUCACCGAAGGCAAACCCGCCCGUUCACCGCGGCGCACGGUCGUAGUCGCUCCGAACGAAAAGGACGAUGGCGUGUCAUACCCAGGACCCCCGCAGGACCCGUCCGACUUUCUGUGGCUGAUGACCGAGGAGCCGCACCGGAGCAGGCGGCAGGCAAUUAUGAAGGCGCACCCUGAGGUCACGAAGCUCAUGGGCUACGAGCCCUUGACCAAGUACGUCGUCCUGCUCGUCGUCGCGCUCCAGCUCUCCGUCGCAUACGCACUCCGCCGCACGCACCCGCUCUCCCCGCUCUUCCUGUUCGUCGCGUACGCAGUUGGGGGCACGGCAAACCACAACCUCUUCUUGGCCAUUCACGAGAUCACGCACAACCUCGCGUUCCGCGGCGUCAAGGCGAACAAAGCCCUCGCGGUGUUUGCGAAUUUGCCCAUCGGUGUGCCGUACGCUGCUGCGUUCAAGAGGUAUCACAUAGAGCAUCACAAAUACCUGGGUGAGGACGGGAUCGACACAGACCUCCCCUCGCGCCUCGAACUCCUUUGCCUCAACAACGUCCUCGGCAAGGUCAUCUUCACGACCUUCCAAAUCUUCUUCUACGCCCUCCGCCCCGGCUUCGUGCGCACACAGACCCCCACGCGUUGGCACCUCUACAACCUCCUCACCGAGCUCGCCUUCGACUACGUGCUCGUGCGCACCUGCGGCGCCUACGCGAUGUGGUACCUGCUCAUGAGCAGCUUCUUCGCGGGGAGCCUGCACCCGCUCGCGGGGCACUUCAUCGCGGAGCACUAUCUAUGGGACGGGCUGGGCCAGGAGACGUACUCGUACUACGGCCCGCUUAAUAUCUUCGCAUACAAUGUUGGCUACCAUAAUGAGCACCACGACUUCCCCUCGGUGCCCUGGACGCGCCUCCCCGCGCUGCGCGCUCUCGCGCCCGAGUUCUACGACACGCUGCCGAGCCACCCGAGCUGGCCGAUGAUCAUCGUGAAUUUCAUCAGGGAUCGCGAGGUGGGGAUGUUUGCAAGGGCGAAGCGGAUGCCCAGGGGGACCGCGACGCCGGCGUUGGAGCAGGGCGAGAAAGUUGGGGCUGAUCCGGACAGUGAAGGUGAACGAGCCAAGGAGGGGGAGAAGGAAGGCGACGUGGAUAGGCAGGAGUAA